CCUCGACGCUGAUCGGCGCCAUCUCUUCCACUCUUUCGCACUGUGAUAUGGAAUCGGUACUCCGUAGAAUAGGGAACGAUCUCGAAACCCUAUACUCUCCUACGGGACAAUGCUCAAGCUUUUCAUCGUACAUCCCGCGACGAAUUCACCUCGAUAGUUCAUCGCACCGUUCUCUUGUUCGCAUUCUCUCCUGUUGUGUCAACAACUCUCUCUUUUCUCUUUCGACAGAGCCAGGGAGAACCCUCUCCGUGAAAAAUCCUUUUUCAAUUCAAGUUAGAGGCCAGCUUCAUCAAGUUCAGGAGGCAGGUGGAACCUCGGAUGGGAGAACUUCGGCCGAGAGUCAAGAGGGUGAUCACAAUGCUGAUUGCGGGGUACAGGGAGCUUCGGUUGACGGUGACAUGUUGUUCGGCCUUGAUCUCAGCGAUUGUGAUGAGAAGGAGAUUGAAGCGCGCGUUAACAGCGAAGAGCUCCAUAGCAUUAUGUUUGAAUGUGGCAGGCUAAUUGAUGCACCUAAUGAGGAGCAUAGUGCGGAAUCGCGUGAAGGGAGUGGGCAAACUGUUCCUGUGGACAUUGCGCAUAAUCAAUUGGAGAUCGCUGAAGCCUUAGUUAAUGGUGCAGAUGAAAGGGUUUCUCAUCUCGGAGAGGUUUUGGAGGUUGCUAGGGUGGAUAGGAGAGUUUAUGAUUUUUUAAACGAUGCGGAAACUACUAGGAAUGUCGCUGUGGACGUUGGUAAUCAGAUAAGCAGUGAGGAGGGUACUGGUUAUGACAGAGCUAUUUUGGUUGAAACGCAGGAUGAAAAUUUCAAAGGAGCAGAAGAAGAAGAAGGGGAAGAUGAAAAACAGCAACCAGGCGUUUGUUCCACUCCUAUAGUGGUUUAUUCAGGUUUGAAAAACUUCAAAUAUGACCAAUUGCGCAACUUAGAUCAUCCAAUUGACGGUGCAGAAGUGGAAGAAGGGGAAAUUUCUGAUGAAGUCCAGGAUUUAGAAGAACUUGUUGAUAUUAAUGAUAAAGUUCCAGACGGUCAGAGGAAAGAAGGGCCAUGUAGGGAUGAUUUCAGCAAUAUUGCAUCUACUUCAAGUUGUAUUCACAAAAUUGAAGUUCCCGAGUUUGGAGCCAGUCCACUAGAUAGAUCAGAAGAGAAUUUAAUCGUUAAAGCAACCCAAAUGAAACGAAAGGUUGUGGAAGCUAAGGAGAAGAAGAAUAAGAAGAAUAGUACUUUGACUGAGGAGAGAAAGGCUAAAAAGAAGAUUGCAAAGAAAAGGAAAAGAGCACAGAAGAACCGAGAACAAGGUGUUAAGAAAUUGAAGUUACAUGCGAUUGUGAAGCCAAAAGAAGUAAAAUAUUGCAACUUUUACCGGAUGGGAAGGUGUCAGCAGGGAGAUUUAUGCAAAUUUUCUCAUGAUCUUAUUCCUUUGACAAAAUCCAUGCCGUGCAAAUACUUUGUUAGUAAUUCUUGUUUGAGAGGUGAUGACUGCCCAUAUGAUCACGAACUUUCGAAAUAUCCCUGCCUCAACUAUUUGUCCUCAGGCAGUUGUAAUCGAGGAGAUAGAUGCAAGUUUUCUCAUAAGUUAACAGACAGCAAAAUAGAUUCACUGUUGACUUUGGAACAACAAAAAUUUAAAAACCAGCUUGUUAACUCUCAUGCUUCUCCUCUUGGCAUAGGUCCGUUUGAAAGUAAAACUAUAGAAACGGUGCCACUAAGAAAUAAGCCAUUGACCGAUGCUAAUCGAGUGCCAAAAGGUAUACGUUUUAUUUCAUUUGGGACAGUCCAGACAGACCUUACCAACAAAGUUGAGAAAAACCUUCCUGUGAACAAGUCCUGUCACACCGGAGCAUACAACAAUCACCAGAAGCAAGAUGAUUUGUUGGCGCGUCAGCACAAAAGUGCCUUGAAUUUAUUAUGGAAUUCCUUACCGCCCGAAAAUUCUGUGAUGUCUGGUGGAUUAGUAGCUCAUGUUUCUUCAAAUGACUUUGCCGUCAAGGAUUCAGGGAAUGCCACCAAGGGAUCGCCUGCAGCUCAUCCUGGUGGAACUGCUAAUGAUAAAGUUUCAGAGGCUGCAAAAAUUUUGGACGAGUUCUUGUUUUGUGGUGCAGACUAGAAGCAACAAUUGUCUCAAACGGGAUGCGUGCUGAACAUACGGCCUGUGAAAACUGGGCGGUGCAAAGCUGAAGUGUCAUAGCUGUUUGAGUGUGCCUAGUCAGUGUAGACAUACAUUGGCACGAUUGAAGCUUUUAUGAUUCAGCAAUGUCUUCUAACUUUAUUGACUUGAAAAUAUAGUUAAUGCCCUGUCAGUGAGAGCAUGCAUUUGUUCAUGCCGCUAAUUGUUUUUCGUAGCACCACAUUUAGUGGGAUCAUAGGUGUAACAUCAUCGAAUACUAAAGAUUGCUUUUUAAUAAGGCAAUGGUAUUUGUACUUGAAUUGCCGACCCUCCUUGGCUUAAGGAUGAAAGGAAACGAGAGUGAUUGUGGGCUCUCUUG